GACCAUCCAACCAUGGAUGGUUGAACCUGGAACCACCGCAAGCGUCAGAGCUCACGUCACGCCAGUAUAGCGUUGUAGCGUAGCGGUUGACUUCGUAUUUUAGUCCAGUCCAGUCUGAAGUCAGUGUCCGUCUCAUUCACAUGCAUUAGUGAUUGUUGUUGUGGUAGUAGUAGUAGUUGUAGUUCUCCAGGUGAAACGUAGUCAGUGAAGAGAAAGAACAAUCAUUACUAACAACUGGAGGAGUUAUCGACCAGAAGUUUGUCAAAGAUUACAGUGAAGUGAUAAGUGUUAUGUGAUAGGUGUCCGGUGUUGACCGUGUUUUAGAUUUGUUUCAGUAGGCUACCUGUCUCUGGUAAUUCGUAUGGGGAUUACUGCAUUCAAGCAGCCGGGGCUGGUGGUGGUGGUGUUGGUGCUGGCGCCAGUGUGCUGGGCGAGCCUGUGCCAGUUCGGCAGCGAGUACUGGUCGGAGGAGGCGGGCGCAUGCGUCAAGUGCAGCCGGUGCGAGCAGGCGCAUGCGCCGGUCGUGUUGCGCCCGUGUCAGGUGCACAGGGACACAGUGUGCGGCCCGCUCUCGGCACUGCCCAUCCACUGGCCAUGGCAGGCGCAUGCGCACACCAGGCAAUCGGUAACUCAUCACAGAGCUCGUUCGCACGCGCAUGAGCAUGACCACCCGUCCAAGAAGCAUCAUCACAGUCACCUGCCGCCUCUGCCUCACGACGACCACUGGCCCGUCGAGUCGCUGGCCGACGUCAACCAGUGGGAGCACUGGCUGCAGAAGCGGCUGCAGCAUAAGAAAGAGGACCUGCUCAAGAGUCUGCUGCGCGAGGAGAAACGCAACCACCUGGCGCACACCUUCGACGCCGAUGACGACGGCUUGCCGUCCAACGAGGAGGACGAGUCGACGACUACUCACCGUCAGCACAUCUCCGAACUGGACCUGCAAAUGUUCGAGCAGCUGGUGGCCGCGGAGAGGCGGCAGAGUGAGCCGAGCAUGCAGCGGGUGGGGGCGGCUGAGGAGCCGUUCUCUGCCGCCGAGACGCUGGUCUGGGAUUGGCAGGCGGUCGCCCUCGUGUCGGCUGUCGUCGCCUGUCUGCUCUUCUUCAGCCUCGCCGCUAUCUACUCGCUGCUUCAUGUCCGCCAGUGGAGGCGGCUCAAGGACGACCUACAUCUAGAUGUGGAAGACUUAGCAGUGAGAGUCAGCUUGAUGAACAACGGGGGACUAAAUAACUCCAAUACUGACGGAGGGAACACAAAUCACUACUUGGAACAAUUAUUAGCGGUUAAAAAAGAAGGAGAAAAUACGAGUAGGCCUACUGGUAAUGUAUACGUGGAGAAACAGCCCAAAGCUAGCUGAACAAACUGUACGACUGCAAAAUGUGACAAUUGUUCCUGAGUAGCAUAAGUAAAGAAUGGUUGAUGCUUCCUAAAAUUCAAUUAAGAGAAUUUUUUCAUUGUAUUUACAUUCAUAUCAAGAAAAGGAUUUUUAAUUUAAUCGAUUACACAUAUAGGGAAGAUGUGCUAACCGAGAACUACGUAAAUUCCCAUUCUUUAUCUAUUUUUGACGUUUUUAUUCUUGUGAUGAUUUUUGAAAUGGAUAUUCAUGAGGCAUAAAUAAGUCCAUGAGAUAUGAAUCAUAUGAAGCAUCACGUACAGCAUCUAAUCUAUCAAUAUCGAUUGGUUACAUUCUCAUGAAAGAAGCUUUAGAAAGAAAGAAAUGAAAAAAAUAAUCAAUGUGUAUUAUUAUUAUCAAUGCGAAUUAUUGAAAAACAAUCAUCUCACUAUCUAAAAUCGGUCUUGAACUAUAAUCAUGAUUUUAUAAUUAAACCCUGAUAUCAGAAGUUGGAAUAAUUCAACUUCAUGGCUUGAAAAUGAAUAAAUGUUGCAAUGCUACACUGUUAGUCAGUUUGGACCCCCAGCUUUCAUGGCUAGGGGUAUGAGUAGGAUAAAUUUCAUCCUUUUUAGACUAUUUAGUUACCUUCUUUGCUAUAUGAAUAUUUACAGUAACGUUUCGCAGCAGGCAAGUUAUAUUAAUCAAGUCAUAGAAAGCUUAAUGAAACAAAUCAUCGUUCACAAUAAUGAUUUGGAAAUAUGAUGAUUUUGACUAUGCUAAGUUUAGGUACCUGCUAUUUUAAAAUAUAAUUUAUUGAUAAUAUUGUCCAAAAGUACCUAAAAUCGAAAUUUUUCUGGAUGGAAUCGUGUGUAUUCUUAAUGCAAGUAAAUCUUGGAAGCCAUUGUUCCAUUUGUAUGAGAAAUGUACAGAUCACCUUUAUAAAAAUAUAUUUUCCAGCUUUCAGUAUUUCA